CUUUAGAGCCACUGACGUGUAGAUUUUAGACAGCGGCACAGUCCGUGUCGGAAGCGGAGAAAAGACUUUUGAGACAGAUAAAGAUAAAGAGGGGGAAAUGGACAAACGAAGUGCUCUCAAUUGAUCAGUUGCGCGCUUCAAACCAUCAUGGACUCUCUGGAUAAGGUUCUCUCACAGUCACAGCUGUAACUAGUUGUUUUUGAGCAUCAGGUGAGCGUUUCAGACAGUACUCCAGCUUGCUCUUUCACCGGGCUCAACUUUUUCCGAGGAGAAGAACAGAGAGAUCGGACGCACCCCAAACCUGAAAGUAUGACCGAAGCCUCCGCGUCCUGACGCGCUCCGGCGAGCGCAUGCCGGACCCGUGAGAGUGUGGACGAGCAUGAAGCGCCAUGGGUUGGUGUGAGCGCGGGGUUCAAACCCUGCUGGCCACCGUGGGGGCUUUUGCUGCCUUCAGCUUGAUGACCAUCGCCAUCGGCACGGACUACUGGCUCUAUUCACGGGCGUACAUCUGCAACAGCACCAAUGCCACCACAGACGAGACCCAGUCACAGCUCAAAACCAAGAAGGGCGAUCUCACCCACUCUGGGCUGUGGAGAAUCUGCUGCAUUGAAGGAAUCAAUCAAGGCAGCUGUUACAGAAUCAACCAUUUCCCCGAUGACAACGACUAUGACACAGACAGCUCUGAAUACUUGCUGCGUAUAGUCCGGGCCUCCAGCGUGUUCCCCAUCCUCAGCACCGUCCUGCUGAUGCUUGGCGGGUUGUGCGUCGGCGUGGGCCGAGUCUACAACAAGACCAACAACGUCCUGCUCAGCGCCGGCAUUCUCUUUGUGGCUGCAGGUCUGAGCAACAUCAUUGGCAUCAUCGUCUACAUCUCCAGCAAUGCCGGAGACCCCAGUGACAAGCGUGACGACGACCGCAAGUACACCUACGCGUACGGCUGGUCCUUCUACUUUGGCGCCCUCUCCUUCAUCGUGGCCGAAACGGUCGCCGUCCUCGCCAUCAACAUCUACAUCGAGAAGAACAAGGAAGUCCGCUGGAGGGCGCGGCGCGAGUUCAUCCGCUCGCUCUCCUCCUCCUCCCCGUACUCCAGGAUACCCAGCUUCCGGUACCGCCGGCGGACCAGCUCCCACUCGACGGAGGCGUCGCGGGAGAACUCGCCGGUGGCCGGACUGAAGGGGAUGCCGUCGUCCGGCGGGCCCCUGGACGAGCUGUCCAUGUACGCCUUGGCGAGGGACAGCGGGGCGGAGAACGCGUACAGCCCCGAGCACGAGGCGGCCGCCGAGUUCCUCCAGGUGCACAACUGUUUCCCCAGCGACUCGAAGGACGGGGGGAAUCGCAGGACCACGCCGGUGUGAGGGCCGCGGGGCCGGGGUCCUCCUGCAGGCGGAGGAACGCGAAGCGAUGAGCGCGGGCUGAUCUGUUGGAGAUUUUGGAAGAGACUGGCUUUUUUGAAAGGGCCUGGAAGGAGGAGAGAGAGGACGCUCAGCUGGACGAAAGAUGAGCCAGUUCAAGACCUGAGAACCAUUUAUCUACUUUUAGAAAUCAUCAAAGCAGAUCUUUGCAUCUGCUGGAGCUGAUUGACAGUUCUGUGUGGAGUGGUCACUAAACAUUGUGGGCGGGACAUGUUGAGAUGCGCCAAUCAGUAUAAAUCAACCUGAAAAAGAUUGAUCAAGGUGCUAGAUGAAAUGUACUAUUCAACUUGAAAGUGUUCCAUUUGUAUGUAUGUAGAUAAACUGUCACCCCAAGUUUUUGUUGGAUUCCCAAAACCAGUUUGGUCUUGCCUUAUACUCUAAUCAAAGGUUUAUAAGAGACAACUGUCCCUCUCUCUGUAUCUCUGAUGUACGGCCUUUACAACAAACUCCAUCUGAGUGUAGUUUAGGAGUCAUUGUUCAACGGUUGACUUGCUGAGUUGUGAUGUAUUGAGCGUCCAGUGUUUGUUGUUGGUACGUACGAGUCGACCCUCAAAACUCUCUCGCCGCCUCAUCGUUAUUCUUCUCUGAUUGUCAGUCGAAACUUGUCUGCUUUCCCAGCCGAGCACUUUUUUUCAAUGGCCCCCCCCUUUUCCUUCGCAUCCAUGUCAGCCGGCCGUCCUUUUGUCACAGCGCACCUGAUUGGUGUGUGUGUUCCCCUCACGACGGACGGGCAGCUGACCAAGAGGGGACGCUGCUCGGAACUGUGAAAACGCUACAGGUCAGGACUUCUUUUUGCUCCGAAAGAAAAAACGUCCUCAGCGCUUGAUCGGAUGAGGGAUCACAGCCGUCUCUCCGUCGCCGAGUCCACCCGGCUGUUUCCUCCCGCUGGACCCGGACAGAUGCAGGGGGAGCUGUCUGCGACCGCAUCCCUAAAGAUGUGAGGGGGGUGUGUGUGUGUGUGUGUGUCUGUGUGUACUGUCGUCCUGCUUGUCUGUCACUGCUUUUUCUUUUAGUUCUCUCAGGAAAUACUGUCUCGUUCUUGCUGGUUGGACACUAUUGAGCCCCCUCCCUAAUUUGUGGCAGUGCUGGGAAAUGGACCAGGGAUGAAAAUAAACCUUGUGAAAAAGAUUUGAGAAAAGAAAAUGCCAUAAUUGUAUUUAUUUGUUUGCUUGAGCUGGUGUGUGUGUGUGUGUGUGAUUGUCAGUCUCAGGGCUAUUCGGUCGGUUAUGGUUUUGCAAACGAACUUACUCAAACACAGGCGUAUUUGAUUGUAUUUAGUGUGCUUGAAAUCCCAUUGGACAAAAACCUUCAUAUCCUCGGCUAAGCUCAUGUAACACAAAGCCACCAACGUGAUCCGUUCCAACACUUUCAAAGUACAAUUUGGUGAAAAA